AUGGAAAAAAAGAAUUCCUUUACUUUUUUCGAUAUUAAUGUUUUUGGUAAGGGUAUGAAGACUGCAAACACACAAGACGAGAAGCUACCUACUGAUGGGAUGAAUAAAACGUCUUUUACAAAUGUUAUAAAAAUUCAACGUGAACGCGGUGAGCGCGACUACAUUGGUUUCGCGACGCUCCCGGAACAAGUACAUCGCAAAUCUGUGAAGAGAGGGUUCGAUUUUACACUGAUGGUUGUCGGUGAAUCAGGUCUCGGGAAAUCGACACUUAUCAACAGUUUAUUUUUAGGAGAUCUUUACAAAAACAGAAAAAUACCAGACGUCCAAGACAGAAUAGAAAAAACUACAACAGUUGAAAAGAAAACAAUGGAAAUAGAGGAACGUGGUGUAAAAUUACGUUUGACAAUAGUAGACACGCCCGGCUUUGGAGAUGCCAUCAACUGCGAAGAUUCGUGGAGAGUUUGUUCUUCGUACAUCGAUGAGCAAUUCAGACAGUAUUUUACAGACGAAAGUGGUUUAAAUCGCCGUCACAUGCAAGACAAUCGGGUGCACUGCUGUCUUUACUUCGUUCCGCCUUGGGCCCAUAGCCUUCGCCAGGUGGACUUGGAAAUGAUGAAACGCCUUCACCGCAAAGUAAAUAUUGUUGUCGUGAUAGCAAAAGCAGAUACCCUCACUGCAGCGGAGGUGAAAAGACUCAAGACACGCAUACUUAACGACUUGGAGGAAAAUCAAAUACAAGUUUAUCAGUUCCCCGAAUGUGAUAGUGACGAAGACGAGGAAUUCAAACAACAAGAUCGGGAGUUAAAAGCCGCGGCUCCUUUUGCUGUAGUGGCUUCGGAUGUUGUACUUGAAGUGGGUGGAAAAAGGGUGCGCGGUCGUCAGUAUCCAUGGGGAAUAGUCGACGUGGAGAAUCCUCGACACUCGGACUUCACGAAGCUUCGAACGAUGCUGAUUUCCACGCACAUGCAAGAUCUGAAAGACGUAACACAAGAUGUACACUACGAGAACUUCCGAGCUCAGUGCAUCUCACAGAUAUCUCAACAUGCCAUGCGGGAAAGGGGAAAACUAAAGAGAGACUCAAUGGGUAACAACAAUGAAGUAGUUUUCACGGACACCGAUCGCCUGUUAUUGCAAAAGGACGAAGAGAUCCGACGCAUGCAAGAUAUGCUAACACAAAUGCAAGAAAAACUCAAAGCUUCCGAUAAAAAACAUGACAGUAUUAUAGAUGUAUAG